GCAAGGAUUCCACAUCCAGCGUACUGAGAGACCCUGAGGUCCACGCUCAACGUUAUGACGGAAGUCGUGUGCCCCGGCAAGCGAUUAGGGAGGGCAAGCGAGUAUCGGGCGGGUCCAGGGACCUAUGUGCGAGGGACAUACAUCUAUGCCAGCGUCGUCGGACCGAAGUUGGAGCAGGCGGCGGCAGAUGAGGACGGCAAACCAUACCUAAUUGUGUCCCAGCCGAAGCGGGCCAGAGCAGCCGAUCAAGUGAUUCAAGUGGGCGAUACUGUGAUGGGGAGGGUGACCCGCAUCAGCACGAGGCAGGCGUGGGUGGAGAUUAUCUGCGUGGGAGAGACGGUGUUGCGAGAGCCCCACCGAGGCAUCGUCCGGAAAGAGGAUAUCCGUGCGACAGAAGUAGACAAAGCGGAGGUAGCGAAGUCACUGCGACCCGGCGACAUCAUACGAGCGCGCGUUAUAUCCUUGGGCGAUUCUACGCAGUACUUCUUGAGCACGGCGGAGAACGAGCUAGGAGUUCGAUGGGCAAAGUCCGCGGCCGGGGCAAUCAUGAUCCCCAUCAGCUGGCAGGAAAUGCAAUGCCCGACGACCAAGGAAAAGGAGCCUAGAAAAUGCGCCAAGCCGGUGUAGGCUAGCCAGUCGGAGACGACGAACGCGAAAACGCCUUCGUGUGCAUGAGAAUUUCAAGUAGAGGAAAGGAGGGCAGCCAGACCGACGCUACCUGGUGAUAGUGCUGCUGUUG